GGGACUUGACGUGCUUCUGUCAUAACUUGGUCAUCGCAUUAAAAAAGCACGGCAGAAACCAAAGUUUACAGCCCAUGAAACUCUCAGAAUGAAUGGAGCAGCUUACUCCAACUUUGACAACCAAGAACAUGUCUUAAAAUUGGGAGAGACCUUUGAGAAACACCCGAAAAGUGCCUACCAUACAGUGCGAUAUGACUUCAAACCAGCAUCCAUUGACACGACAUGUGAGGGGGAACUUGAAGUGGGCAAAGGAGAGCAAGUCACCAUUACUUUACCAAAUUUAGAGGGAUCAAGUGCUCCUGUGACAGUCUUCAAGGGAUCCAAGAGGCCUUACAUGAAGGAGUGCAUCCUGAUUGUGAACCAUGACACAGGAGAGUACAGACUGGAAAAACUCAACAGUAACAUAGCUGUGAAGAAGACCAGGGCUGAGGGCAGCAGUAAGAUUCAGUCCCGCCUGGAGCAGCAGACCAGCCGCCUGAGUCAGCAGAUGAAGAGCAACAGCAGCAGCAGCAGCAAGACAGCUGAUGGCGGAGGCGCGUGUCAUGGACCAGAUGAGCAGCAGCGGGGACAGCUCCUCCGACUCCAACAGCUCCUCCUCCAGCAGCGGGGAGAGCUCCAGCAGCGAGGACGAGGACGAGCGGGCCCCCCCCCGCCGGGGCCCACGGGGCCCCCCCCACUGUGGCCCCCCCCACACAGGCCGAGAAAACCAGCUCCAACCCAGCAGGGCGCCACCCGGAGGCCGGAGGAGUGCACAUCAACACGCUCGGCUGGGAGACGGGAGGUGGCCGGGUCUUCUCCUGUGGACGAGUCGACCAAAGAAAUGAGUCGGAAUGACAGAGUCAAAGUCCACCGCUCGGUUGGGAUGAGCAGCGAACCGCCGUGCGCCAUUCUUCCCGCACUUGUUCCCACAUUUGUUCCCAGAUCUGUUCCCAGAUUUGUUCCCAGUUCCGGUCGGGACUCGAGGCUCCACGGGGACUAA